AUGGAGGUAGCGUUUCGUGAUAACACGCGAUAUAAAGGCUCAGCGAACGCAGUGGCGACUACGUGGGUGGUGUCGUUCAGCCAGCUACGCGAACGCGACACAUUUGCGGCAGAUUUGCUAGAGUUUAUAUCCUGUAUAGAGUGGAAGGCAGUACCAUGGUACUUGCUACCAAAGAGAGAUUCGGAAGAGGAGAUGGAGAAUGCAAUUGGCACGCUGUGCAGAAGAGAGGAAGACCAUACAGAGCCGGAUGAGGAAGAGUGGUAUGAUACCCACCGACUCGUGCACCUGGCGACACGGAUCUGGUUCAACAAGAAUGAUAAUUCAAGUAAAGUAGUGAAGGACGCAAUUCGGCAUGUUGCACAUGUCUUCCCUUUUACAGCGUACGACCGUGAGCUGAUCAUUUGGAGAGCGUAUUUACCGCACUCACUCCGAUUACUCAAUGGUGGGCAGCACUGCAACAAAAGCGACAUUUCGGAGCUGUGUCUGCGAGUAGGGAUCUGUCUGGGGAAAAAUGGCAGAUUACGGGAGUCGUUGGUAUGGGUGGAAAAGGCAUGUCAGCAGAGAGAUCACCUUAGCGAAGAUGAUCCAGAGCGCCUCGCCUCGCAGUAUCAUCUUGCAAUUAUAUACACAUUGGAUAGGCAGAUGGAAAAUUCGAUACUGCUGCUAGAGCGCAUAGUACAAGUACGUAUGAAGACGCCAUAUUCCGAGAGGCCAAGCUUACUGGCAUCGCUGGAUGCUCCCGCCAGAGCAUACGCUCUCAACGGACAGGGGCAUAAGGCGAGAGAGAUUCUAGAACGAGUGGUUGAAGCAGAAGAGAAGACACUACCGCCAGAGAACUACCAACUACUAUUAUUGCAACAGACGCUUGCAAGAGCAUACGAGGCCUGCAACCAAAUGCACAAGGCGGUGCCCCUCCAUGAAAAAGUCGUCAGAACAAGAGAAAAGAUACUGGCGCCGGGGCAUCCAGACAUACUGCACGCGCAGCACACCCUCGCGCGAUCGUACCUCCUGGCCGGACAGGAACAAAGAGCAGUGCCGCUGCUGGAACAAGUCAUAGAUGCGAGGGAUACAACGCUGAGUUCAGAGCACCCGAAUAGAAGAGAGCCAUGCAUGCAUGCGCCCCCAAGUCAAACAGAAUGA